AUGGAUGUAUCACCAAAAGCUUAGUUAAAUAUUUUCAAAAAGAAGGGAAUGAGCAUUUAGACACUAGAAUCAACAGAACCUACUCCCAAAAAAUAAAUUUCUCCAAAGCAUUCUCAACUUUUCUUUGAAUCUAGUGAAUCAUCUUAAACCAUGAUUCCAAACAUCAAUAAAGAAAAAUAAAGAAGAAUCAAAUAAUUGCUAGAAGAAAAUUUAAAGUUAUUAGAGCAAUGUUCAGAGAAGGAUUUGCAAAUUGGCAGAUUAUAUACUAAAAUAGAAAAAGACGUGGUGUUGAGGACCUAAAGAGUAUAAACUCUCAAUAAUAUGUAAAGUAUUGACAAAAAGAAACAUUGUUUCCUUAACUAAAAAGCACAAAAUUUUUAAGAUUUGCGACAAAAAGAAGAAAAACAACUUUUCACAUUUUAUAGUCCAGAACCAAAAUAAAAUUCGUAAAUUUUCAAACUCCCUAAGGUUUUCAAAGCAAUUCCGAAGCAAAAUAAAUUUUUUAUAUGA